AGAAAAAUCAGAAAACUGGUGUUUCAGAAACAGAAGUGGUAUUUAAACUGGAACGUGCACAUGGAUGAGGAAAGGAGUCGUCCCCCGGAGAUGCACACUGUCUUUUGGGACCAUUUGCACGAGGCCGUCUGCAGAAUGACGGACACGCUUCUUCAUUUAUGGCCCUUUGGACUCCCGUCACGUGUUUAAAUUCUUUUGGGCCAGCCGGAAUGAUUUUCCCCUUCCGGAUCUACCUACUGGGCGAGCUGGUGUCCUUUUUCGCAUGAGGAGCGUCGGGGUUCUGUACGAACCUAUGCAGGCCCGGAAAAAAUAUAUCUUCCUGACUUUCUUUGCCACUUGGCUCCUGCUCUUCUUCUUUGGGGGAGAUCAAAUCCGACGUCUCGCCUUCCUCUCCGGCAAGAGAGCCGGUCCGUUGAAAAGCUGGCCCUGCUGGGCGGACAGGUUUCUCCUGAAGAACUUUGCUGAUCCCGGAGAGCUCCAGAAUGAUGAUGGGGACCCCGACGAGCAAUCCCCCAAAGCCCGUCGAGAACUGAAGAGGACCGUCUACAAGAACAGCCGGUGUCGUAUGGAGACUUGCUUUGAUUUUUCCAAGUGCAGGGAGCAUGGGUUCAAAGUCUUUGUCUACCCCUCGGAGACAGGGGGGCCCGUCUCCGAAAGUUACCUCAAAAUCGUGGCUUCCAUCGAAGAGUCGCGGUAUUACACCCCCAACCCCGAAGAAGCCUGCCUUUUUGUCCUCAACAUUGACACUUUGGAUCGGGACCAUCUCUCCUUACGCUACGUCCACAACAUCAACGAGAAAAUCCAAGGCUUCCCGCUGUGGAAUGAUGGCAGAAACCACCUCAUCUUUAAUCUUUAUUCGGGAACUUGGCCGAAUUAUACGGAGGAUUUGGGCUUUGACAUUGGCCAAGCCAUCCUAGCCAAGGCGAGCUUUUAUGUCGAGAACUUCCGGCCCGGUUUCGACAUUUCUAUCCCUUUGUUUUCCAAAGAGCACCCCCAGAAAGGGGGGGAGAGAGGUUGGCUGCAUAAGACCUCCCUCCCUCAGAAAAAAAAGUACCUCUUGGUCUUUAAAGGGAAGCGGUACCUAACGGGCAUUGGUUCCGACACCAGGAAUGCCCUCCACCAUAUCCACAACGGCAAAGACAUUAUUUCUCUGACUACGUGCAAGCAUGGGAAAGACUGGGAGAAGCACAAGGACCAGCGGUGUGAUAAAGAUAAUGCAGACUACGAAAAGUUUGAUUACCAAGAACUUUUGCACAACUCCACCUUUUGUAUUAUUCCCCGAGGGAGGCGUUUGGGGUCCUUCAGGUUCCUAGAAGCCUUACAGGCGGCCUGCAUCCCGGUGCUGCUCAGCAACGGCUGGGAACUGCCGUUCUCAGAAGUGAUUGAUUGGAGUAAAUCAGCCAUCGUUGGGGACGAGAGGCUCCUUCUUCAGAUUCCAUCUACCGUCCGACGUCUCCACAGUGACAAGAUCCUGGCCUUCCAGCAGCAAACCCAGUUCCUGUGGGAAGCGUAUUUCUCCUCGGUGGAGAAGAUUGUCCAGACGACCCUCGAGAUAAUAAAGGAUCGGAUAUUUCAUCGAGAGUCCCGCCCAAGGUUCUUCUGGAACACCUUUCCUGGAGGGUUGCUGACGCUUCCGGAGUUUUCCACUCACCUCAGUGAUUUCCCAUUCUACUAUCUGCAGCAUGGUUCCAACCCUUCCGGCAAGUUUACGGCGCUCAUCCGGGCGGUGUCACCCAUCAUCUCCCUCUCCCAGCCCAUCCUCAAGCUCAUCCAAGCAGUCUCCAAGUCCCAGUACUGUGCCCAGAUUUUAAUUUUAUGGAGCUGUGAGAAGCCCCCGCCACAGAGCAGCAAAUGGCCCCAGACCACCGUUCCAGUGAAGGUCCUCCAGGGCAGCAGCAAGGUCAGUGAUCGUUUUUUGCCUUACUCAGCCAUCGAGACCGACGCGGUGCUGAGCCUGGAUGAACACACCAGCCUCUCAACCAGUGAGGUGGACUUUGCCUUUGUGGUCUGGAAAAGCUUCCCCGACCGGAUUGUCGGCUUCCCCAUGCGCAGCCAUUUCUGGGAUGCUAGCAAAAGCCAAUGGAGUUACACCUCCAAGUGGACCAAUGACUUCUCCAUGGUUCUCACGGCAGCUGCUUUCUACCACAGGUACUAUCACAGCCUCUUCACCCAUUACUUGCCUGCUAAGCUAAGGGAUCUCAUUGAUCAGCUCUCCAACUGUGAGGACAUAUUGAUGAACUUCCUCGUUUCAGCCGUGACCAAGCUACCUCCCAUUAAAGUCACCCAGAAGAAGCAGCACAGAGAUGCAGCCCCACAGCAGCUGCUGAAGAGUGCCGCCCCAUCCAACGGGAAUCUCCGCUUCUCUCAGCGCCAGGAGUGCGUGAGCCGCUUUGCUGCCUGGUUCGGCUACAUGCCUCUGGUGUAUUCCCAGUUCCGCCUGGACCCCGUGCUCUACAAGGACCAAGUGUCUGUGCUACGGAAGAAGUACCGCCAUCUAGAAAGAGACUAGGGUGGGGCAAUCCUCCGCCUGCUGGAGAUACUGCUUCGCAGUGUCCCGGAUUGGGAGCCUGAUGGAAGGCCCAUCCAUGCAAUUGGUCAUUGUUCUUCAUGGUCGCUAGGACUCCUGGGUUGCUUCGUUAAGGGAAGCAGUGUAAAGCCGCUGCGUCAAAGGAAGCCUUGGGACUUUGGGUUCCGAAGGUGGGACCACGUCUUGCUGGUAGCCAUGGAGAUGCCAGAGGAAUUUUCAAGCUUUAUUGGGUUUUACCAGUACAAAUAAAGGUUUGCAGGAAACUUCUGCUCUCUCUUUG